CGUCUCCAACAUCUCCAAACUCAAUCUCAUCAACACACACAUCCCAUGGCUUCUUUACAGACCACACCUCUCCUCUCUUCUUCUCUAACAAAAAUCAACGCUUCUAUUCGUAUCCCUAACCCUCCACCACUCUCUCGUUCUCUCCCAAAGCUACCAUCAAAAACCCUGCGCAUUGAUCAACUUAACGGCUCCACACACACAAUUCCAUUGGAGAACAAUGUCGUUACCACACACAUAUAUCAAGAUUUAUUCUCUCCCACCGACAAAUCAUCUCAUAACCUCACUCUUCAACUCUACGCAAUUUUGGAGCAAGUUUCUGACAGAAUUGAAAUGCACAAAAACAUCGGCGAACAGAGAAACAACUGGAAUACUCUUCUUCUUAACUCCGUCAACAUGAUCACUCUCUCUGCCACGGCCAUGGCCGGUGUUGCUGCAGCCACCACUGGUGACACCGGGGCACCGCUUUUGGCCUUGAAACUAUCAUCCACGCUCUUGUUUUCUGCCGCCACAGGAAUGUCACUCAUCAUGAACAAAAUUCAGCCCUCACAACUCGCCGAGGAGCAACGCAAUGCUACAAGGUUGUUUAAAGAGCUUCAUACCCAAAUCCAAACCCUAAUCACUAUUGGAAAUCCCACAGAGAAAGAUGUGAAGAGUUCAAUAGAGAAGGUGUUGGCACUCGACAAAGCUUACCCACUUCCCUUGUUGGGAGCCAUGCUUGACAAGUUUCCCCAAAAAUAUGAACCAGCGGUCUGGUGGCCUUCGUCUCAGUCCCAGAGAAAAAGUAGAACACAGGAGAGGAAAAGGUCUAAGAAUGGAUGGAGUGAAGACCUCGAAAAGGAGUUGAGGGAAGUGAUCGAAGUGAUAAGGAAGAAAGACAGUGAGGACUAUGAGAGGCUCGGAAACAUAGCGUUGAAGGUGAGCAAGAGUCUUGCAAUUGCGGGGCCUUUACUGAGUGGGAUUGCAGCAGUGGGGUCUUCUUUUGUGGGGAAUGGCUCAUUGGCGGCAUUAGUGCCUCUCAUGGCUGGCUCAUUGGCUUCAGCAGUUAAUGCAUUUGAGCACGGUGGCCAAGUGGGCAUGGUGUUCGAAAUGUACAGAAACUGUGGUGGGUUCUUCACGCUUUUGGAAGAGACCAUUAGGGACACUCUUGAAGAGACAGACACUGAGAAAAGAGAAAACGGUGAAGUUUUUGAAAUGAAGGUGGCAAUGAAGUUGGGAAGAAGCGUUUCGGGGCUGAGACGCCUUGCAUCAAAAUCUGCUUCCUGUGCUAUGGAAGGAAUAGUCGUAGAUGAAUUCGCCAGCAAGCUCUUCUGAUUAGGAUAACAUUUCAUCUCAAACGAUACAUUUAUUCUUUGAUUCUUUAUUGUAUUGUAUAGUCCUCUGACAUAACUUUACGGAGUAUUCAUUGAAAAUAUGUAUAGAUAUUUUUGUAAGUACUUUCAAUUAAUUGACACUCAAAGAUCGAAAUU